UGACUUCUGGGUCGAGAAUCCUGGGAGAAGAUGGCGGCGGCCAGAUGUUGGAGGUUUCUGUCUCGCAGUCGGGGACUAUCAUCGUAUACCACAGCCGAGGUCCCCAUCACGGCUUCGGAAAUUACUGGACCAGAUGUCCCGGAGGCCCCUGUCGCACGCUACCCGCCGAUUGUGGCCUCCCUGACUGCCAAGAGCAAGGCGGCGAGGCAGCGGCGUGUGGAGAAGUGGCAGGCGGAGGUGCAUGCCGCCGAGUCGGUGGAUCAGAAGCUGCACAUCCUCACCAAGAUGCAGUUUAUGAAGUACGUGGUUUACCCGCAGACCUUCUCUCUGAAUGCCGACCGCUGGUACCAGGGCUUUACCAAGACGGUGUUUCUGUCGGGCCUGCCUCAACCGCCGCCGGUAGUGCCUGAGCCCGCGCUGGAUCUGGCGGCUUUGCGCGCGGCUGCGUGUGACUGCCUCUUGCAAGAGCACUUCUAUCUCCGGCGCAAGCGGCGCGCGCCCUUCUACCAGGACCGCGAGGCGGUCGCGUCUCCCUUUCUGGACCAGUUGGUGGCCGCUCUCGUGGGCCUACUCAGCCCACACAAUCCGGCCCUAGCCACGGCCGCCCUAGAUUGUAAACGCCCAGUUCACUUUUACUGGUUGCAUGGUGAAGGAAUUAUUACUCAUGGUCAUCGGAAAGGUCGAGUUGAUGCUUUGAGAUACCAGAUAGAUGAUAAACCUCACAACCAAAUUCGAAUUUCCAAGCAACUUCCAGAGUUUGUGCCACUGGAUUAUUCUGUUCCUGUAGAAAUCCCUGUCAUGAGUUGUAAGCCAGACAAACUUCCAUUGUUCAAACGACAAUAUGAAAACACCAUAUUUAUUGGCUCGAAAACUGUAGAUCCAUGCUGUUAUGGUCACACCCAGUUUCAUUUGUUACCUGACAAAUUAAAAAGGGAAAGGCUCUUGAAAAAAAACUGUGCUGAUCAGAUAGAAGUUGUUUUUCGAGCUAAUGCUAUUGCAAGCCUUUUUGCUUGGACUGGAGCACAAGCUAUGUAUCAAGGAUUCUGGAGUGAAGCAGAUGUUUCCCGACCUUUUGUCUCCCAGGGCGUGAUCACAGAUGGAAAAUACUUUUCCUUUUUCUGUUACCAGUUAAAUACUUUGGCACUGACUGCCCAAGCUGAUCAAAAUAACCCUCGUAAAAAUAUAUGUUGGGGGACACAAAGUAAACCUCUUUAUGAAACAAUUGAAGAUAAUGAUGUGAAAGGUUUUAAUGAUGAUGUUUUACUUCAGAUAGUUCACUUUCUACUGAAUAGACCAAAAGAAGACAAAUCACAGCUGUUGGAAAACUAAGAAAAAACAUUUGAUUCAGGACUUUGGGAAUAAUUAAGAAAUUUAGUUGACAGAACAAUAAAAAGAAUUGUAAUGAUUUGAUGCGUAACUCUCAAGUAUUACUGCAUUAAUUUUGAGACCAGUAUUUCUUAUGUUAACCUCUAAUUAUGCUUUACAUUGUGCUAAAAAUAUGUCACUGAAAGAUGUAAUUUUAUUUAUACGUGACCAACGGUUGAAACUAAUUGAGUGCUCUUCAGUAACUCAGUAUUAAUAGUGUUCUAUUUAAAAGUAAUACAAGGGCAAUCAUUUAAAUGCUUAAAAAUAAUGUGGAUUUUUUUUUCUUUUUUCUAUUUGUUUUUUUUACUUAAUAACAUGAUGUAAAGUGUCAGAGCACUAUGCAACCCCCCUCAAAACAUAAACAAUAUUUUGUAAGUAUGGGAAACUCAGGCCCAUAGAAGUUAAGUGCCUUUUUCAAGGUCUCAUGGCUGACUAAUAACAAAAUUGAUAACAGUAACAAAUUAUGUUAAAUUUAUCUUCUUAGCAGCUAUUAGAAGUAAUGUUAGCAUAUUUCAUUUAGUGCCAUUUGCUCUACCCCAAAGAUUAGGGAAGUAACUUUAUAUUUCAAAACCAAUUGUCAGCUGGUAAAAUUAUUAAUCUUGUUGAGUAUUAAGGUUCAUUCAGGCCGUUUUUAGUGAGGGGGAGAAAAGAAUUACCUUUUUGAUCAUGCUUGUACUUCUUAUUGUGUAUUUCCUUUCCUCCUGGUAUAAAUAUAUAAAAUAUUUCAUUAUUUCAUGUAGUGACAUGGCAAAUGAUUGUUGUUUUCAGUUUUUCAUUUAUAAGGCAGAAAAUAUUGUUAUAUUUAGAUGCUUCAGGCUAGAAGUAUAGGGAUAAUUUUGCACAAAUGAUGGCUAAACUGAAGGACUAUCAUUUGAAAGAUGUAAAUCAAUUUGUUUUAAAUGUUCCAUCUUUAGCACAGUACUUGCAGUUUAUUCAGAAUACCAUGUAAUUUUACUACACCAUUCUUUUAUUUAAGCUGUUUCCCAAGAUUGUAGUACUGUUCUCUACCCUUGGUACUAUCUGCACUAUCCCAUCUAUUAGUUUCUUUCAUCCUUCAUGGGAAAAUGCAGAUAUAUAGAAAUCAACUGUACCAAGCUAUAAGUAAAAUGUCUCUUAAUUCUCACAUUCUAAUUAUUGAACCUUGGGCAAUUAUAAUUACAUCCUCAAUUUCUGCUUUUGUAAAAAUAAUUUAUAAAGUUGUAAGGAUUCAAUGAACUAGUAUAUGUGAUAAUGCUUUAAAAGUGCUAUUUAAUUAAAAUAACACUUGGGUUCAAGUGAAAUGCUAUUUCAUAUUCAAUUUUCCAUCCUUUGAAUACUUAUACCUCUAUGGUAGCACUUGUUUCAUUCUCUUAUAAUAACGGUGCUUAAUACUAAAGAACGUUUUGCUAAGUUUUUCUAUCAUGGGUCCUUGCUUAAGAUGUUCAUUUUUUUCUUUUUUUUUGAUGUGGUUUUAAGCACUUGGUUGUUUGUGUCUUCAUUAUUAUGCACAGCAUUUGGUUGAGGGAUAGGUUUUGUGUGUUCAUAUAGAAUAUCCACAAAAGGUUUGUAGCAUACUAUCCUGUCAUCAGAUGUUAAAGCAUGUUCUACUUCGAAGCUUCAGUCAUCUGGAAGAGAAUAGUACAUAGGCUUAUUAGUAAGUGUCUUAGAAUAGGUUUACUCAGAUCUAUUCUGUUUGGGGUAUGCUACACUUCUUGCAUCUGUAAUUUUAUAUUUUUCCUAAGAGUUGGGAAAUUUUCAGUUAUUUCUUCCAU